AUGUCUUUUACACGCGCCUGCUGCACCAUCCCUCCUGUCCAGUCCGACUACCAGCCAAUUGGCUCUAUUGAGACUCUUGGUGACUUGACCGUCUACACUGUUGGAUCCAAGGAUGCCAAGAAAGCCAUCGUUGUCAUCUAUGAUAUCUUUGGUUUCUAUCCCAACACAAAGCAGUUUUGUGACGUUCUUGCCAAUUUCUGUGGUUACAAGAUUAUCAUGCCUGAUCUCUUCUAUGGAAAGCCCUACAAGUAUGAGGAUAUGGGCGAUGUUUCAAAACUGCUGAACUGGAUUGGUAAGCUUGGCUCUUUCGAGGUUAUCUACCCUCUCAUUGAGCGCGUUAAGGCCAAACUCCAGAACGAGGGUGUUGUUGCUGCUGGAUUAGUCGGAUUCUGCUGGGGUGCAAAGAUUGCUGUCCAAAUCACUGCUGUUGAUUCCUUCUUUGCUGCUGCAAGCAUGAUUCACCCUUCGUUUAUCGAUGUCAAAGAUGCCGAAAAGGCCAAUGCUCCUAUCUUGGCAAUUCCCAGUAAGGAUGAAAAGGACAUGACUGAGUACAUGGCUGUCCUUGCCAAGAAGCCUUUUGGUGAUCUCUGCGAGCACUACCGCUUUGAUGAUGUUCACCACGGUUUUGCUGCUUCUCGUGCUGACUGGUCCGAUGAAAUUGUUAAAAAGAGAGCAACUCAAGCUAUUCAACUCACUGGAAACUUCUUUAAUAAGAUCAUCAAGGUCUAAUAAGAAACGGACGCAAAUACGCAUACCCAAUUUGUACUAUUGAUUGCUAUUGCUUUUAGAAGGUAGAAUGAAUUAUUAAUAUGUAGAUUCGUAUUUGUAAUACAUUCAAGCUGGUUAUUUAUUUUUUGGUCUUAUUUUGCUUAAUACAAAGUGUGUGUAACCAAGUAAC